AUGCAGUCUAUGAUACCAAAGCACGAAAUUGGGGCUCUAGACUUCCUUAAAAACAACCCAAAUUAUGAUGGUCGUGGGGUUACAAUUGCAAUCUGGGAUACUGGAAUUGACCCAACUUCUCGCGGCCUUCAAGUCACCUCGGAAGGGAAACCCAAAAUUAUUGAUAUGAUCGAUGCCAGUGGUUCGGGUGAUGUUUCAAUGCUACAUAGUUUUAUAAUAACCGAUGAGGCUCGCAGUUUUUUUACACCUUCUGGAAGAUUCAUAACUAUACCUUCUUCUUGGAAACCAGUGGAUGGGUUGAUAAAAGUUGGGGUUAAACCAGCUUGGGAUAUCUUUCCAGGCCCUGUUGUUGAUCAGUUAAAAACUGACAAAGGGGAUAAAAGGUGGUUUUCCUUACUCCAAAGCUUAUCCAAUCAAAUCCAUGAGGAAUUAAACGUCGAAACACAUUUGCGUAUUCCCUGUGUUAGGGAAGCUCAUAAUAAUGAAGGAACCUACAAAAAUGAACCAACUACGUGCAGUGCGAUUGGUGGCGAGAAUUACAAAACCGAUCAGUCAGAUAGUUCAUCACCGGCUAGCUUUUUCUCUUGCAAUGACGAAAUUGAUAAGGAAGAUUCUUUGAGGGAACCCCCCUUAGAUUCAAGUCGAAUCGAAGAUAUUCCAAAACCUGCAAUUCAGGGCCCCCUGAUAAAUCCUCCUGAAUCCCCCAACUUCUGCAAUUUUCGGGACUGGUUAGCAUCCUUGGAUAAGACUGAGAAAUCGUCAAUUCUAGCGUCAAUGGAAAAGGUUUUAUCGAUGAUAAGUGAUAACUACUAUUUUCCUACGCCUGUUUUCGACUGUUUCGUCUUUAAAGGCGAAGAUGGUGAUUUUGUGUAA